AUGGAUCUAGCCAAACACACAAGACUUCAAAUAUUGGGAUGCAUACUUCUUGCAUCACUUGCACUAACAAUGGCUGAUACACCACCGGGCAUAGCCAAGAACCCAAGCCAUGCAACAUGUAAGAUCAAGAAGUACAAACUAUGCUACAAUUUGGAGCAUGUUUGUCCCAAGUUCUGCCCUGACUCUUGCCAUGUCGAAUGUGCUUCUUGCAAACCCAUUUGUGGCCCUGAUCCUUCCCCCGGCGAUGACGGUGGAUACACUCCAUCGGCUCCAGUUCCACCAGCUUCACCACCGCCUCCGACUCCUACACCGUCCGUGCCAAGUCCCACUCCUCCCGCUUCACCACCGCCUUCGACUCCUACACCGUCCGUGCCAAGUCCAACUCCUCCCGCUUCACCACAACCUUCGACUCCUACACCUUCCGUGCCAAGUUUAACUCCAACAGUUUCACCACCGCCUCCGACUCCUAUACCAGCCGUCCCAAGUCCUACUCCACCCUCUUCACCGCCACCUCCUACUCCUACACCGGCCGUCCCAACUCCUCCUGAUGUUACUCCCGUUCCUCCUACUCCUUCCGUUCCAAGCCCUGAUACUCCCACCGCACCACUCCCUCCAUAUUCACCACCUGCGACCCCAACUCCUCCUAGCUCCACACCAGGGACUCCUACGCCUUCCGUCCCAACUCCUCCUGGCUCAACUCCUUCUCCUUCGAUCCCUGUUCCAAGUGCUCCAAACUCUCCUCCUUACGUUCCCCCAUCAGAUAGCGAGGAAGGAGCAGGAGCCAGAAGGGCCAGGUGUAAGAAGCAAGGCUCUCCUUGUAACGGAGUUGAGUACACUUGUCCAGCCCGUUGUCCUCGUUCAUGUGAAGUUGACUGUGUCACUUGCAAGCCUGUUUGUAGUUGCGACAAGCCAGGAUCUGUUUGCCAAGAUCCGCGUUUCAUCGGAGGAGACGGUCUCACCUUUUACUUCCACGGCAAGAAAGACUCCAACUUCUGCCUUAUCUCCGAUCCUAACCUUCACAUCAACGCACAUUUCAUCGGUAAACGCAGGUCUGGUAUGUCACGUGACUUCACGUGGGUCCAGUCCAUUGCUAUCCUAUUCGGCACUCACCGUUUCUACGUCGGAGCCCUCAAGACUGCCACGUGGGACGAUUCCGUCGACAGAAUCUCUGCUUCUUUCGACGGAAAUGUGAUCUCACUUCCUCGGCUAGACGGUGCCACGUGGACUUCUUCCCCUGGAGUUUACCCUCAGGUCUCGGUCAAACGAGUCAACGCUGACACUAACAACCUUGAGGUUGAGGUAGAGGGAUUGCUUAAGAUCACAGCAAGAGUGGUGCCAAUAACAAUGGAAGAAUCAAGAAUCCAUGGCUACGACGUGAAGGAAGACGACUGUCUAGCUCACCUCGACUUAGGCUUCAAGUUCCAUGACCUUAGUGACAAUGUUGAUGGUGUUUUGGGACAGACUUACAGGUCUAACUACGUUAGCCGAGUUAAGAUCGGAGUCCACAUGCCUGUGAUGGGUGGUGAUAGAGAAUUUCAGACCACCGGACUUUUUGCACCUGACUGCUCAGCCGCAAGGUUCAUCGGUAAUGAAGGCAGCAAUGGUAGCCGGAGCAAAAUGGAGCUCCCAGAUGUGAGUUGUGCCAGUGGCGUUGGUGGCAAGGGAGUGGUGUGCAAGAGAUAA